AUGCAGCUCACCUCCUGCCUUACCGGUUCUGAAUGGGCCUCGAAUGGGCCGCAAACUCCAGCCCAGCGGUUCUACCAAGCAUUCACACACGCCAUCGAGUCUUCCGCCCUGUCAAGUUAUGAUAACCACAAGUUCUUCUCCGAUCGCGCAACUUUUCACAAUCAGAACGGCGUUGAUUACCAAGGCGGGGAAAUUUGGCCAUGGAUCACGCUGGUAUUUGACCAGUUCGAGCGCUUGGAAUUUGAUCUUCUGAGCAUCUGGGAGUUUCGAAAUGAUGACGGCAGUAUACAUUUCAUCGCUCAGGCUAUGCAGCGUAUAUGGGCUCCUGGUAACGAUGGCACGUCGCCAACAGUCGAUGUUUCCCUUUGUGUGAUCAGCCGGAUCGGGCCCAGCACAUCCAACGAGGCUCCGGAGGGCUUGCAAUUUCAAGAGGCUUGGUUUUCUUGGGAUACGUACAAGCUCUUGCCAUAUUUCCCUGGCGUUCUAUGCCUUUUAGCUCAACCAAAAUCCUCAUUCCGAAAAAACCAUGCACGGAUGGCUCAUGCUAUCGGAUGA